AUGAUACGUUGUGUGUUAUCUUUAGAUUUGAAACCAAAAAGAAGGAAAAUAAAACCUGUUGUCUACACCAGAAAUUUACCAACGUUAUCAAAAGAUGAUGCUAGUUAUUGGGAAAACAAAUUUAUGAAAGCUGUUACUGCGUCUACCGUAGUUCAAAAUCAAUAUGAUAAAUUAGAAAUAGAAUUACAAGAGCUUAUGAAGCAGUUGCCACGUGAAAAGAAACAGCCAAUUAACUAUAUCAACGAGGAAACAAAAGACCUUAUGAAAACAUUCCUGCCCUACUUACAAGUUACGUCUGAUAGGUUACUCUUCUAUCCAUCAAGAAUAGGCAUGUUGGUACGCACAGGCCAUAAUGCUAGCGACUGCGGAGAUAAAUAUGACGUAUUAUUAUGUUUUCUGAAUGGGGUCGGCGGGGGUUUGAGA